GUGAACAUCCUCCCUCUCUCUUGUACCUGCCCUACCUGUCCACCCGGACACAACCCAACCCUGCCUCUCUCUUGUGGGAUCGAGAUCACGCAUUUCGCCGAAACGCUCGUCCUCCUUCCGAGAGAGCCGCAACACAAAAAGCGAGGAGACCACCCUUCGUACCGCAGGUCAGCCUGGCAUGAACCAUGGUACAAAUCAACGUACUCAGCAAGCGACGAAUUACCUUGCUCCAGAUCCGGGCUUCUCGAUGGCGGCCAACGAUGUGUUCGGGAUUCAUCAGCUGCACUUGCAGCAGCAACGGCAGAUUUCCGAGCUGACCGCGCGCUGCCAUGAGCUUGCUGAAGCACAGGCCGAGGCACAGCGGGCGAGUGCUGCUGAGAUCUGCCUCCUCAAAUCGCAAGUGAACGAGCUCAAGAACCAGGUCGAAAUAUUCCGGGCGGAUAGCAGGCAGGCUGCAGCUGAAGCAGCUUGUAGACCGUUCCCUAUCUCAGGGUUGACGCGGAUAGCAUCCGGUGCGAAUGGUCGUGGGAACACCGCAGUUGCGGACACGUACAACCCCCUUGCAUUUGUCAACACCGCGGGCGCGGCAGCGUACACUGAUCACAUUCCCCUCGAGGACAGGGAAGCGAUCAGGCAUAUUGAGACGGAUGGUGAUGACGAUGAUGACUUCUCGGACCACGAGCUCCCCCUCUCACCCAACUCCGUUAACACCGUGGCAUCGAGAAUCUGUUUCGGCUGGGAUGGCAAGCAAGAACCACGCGCUCAACAGGACGGCGAGGAACCUCGCGAGCCACGGCUUUGUGGAGAGGCCCGUCUGGCGCCUCGGUCAACUUCAGCAGCGGCAGACGAACAGGCUGUGAUCCCUAGGCUUGCCGGUGUGAAGACGGAAGCCGAAAGCGCCCUGAGAGAUCACCGUGGGCGCGAUGUUCAAGCCUCGGGGAGCCCAUUGCUCAACAGCGUUGAGGCUAGCACGAGCCAAGCCCCGACGAAUCCAAUCACAAGCACAUAUAUCGUGAGCGACUCAACCAACAACUCAACUGGUCUAUCGGACCCUAUCGCCCAACGUGACGCUCCCGACGUGGAGACGGGGGAGAAGAGUGACACCUUCAGCGCUUCAGAGGCUGAAGAUACUCGCUCAAUCCCCCGCGACAGGUACCGGCAUUGUACAUUUUGCAGCGUAUGCGAGAAACCCCGCACAGAACCAAAGGCAGUGGCCAAGUGCGAGGCAUGCCCUCGCAUCUUGUGCCGCAAGUGCGCAGGCCGCGAGGGCGAGACAUUGCCCAAAGCGAGACGAAGGACUCAAGAGUUCCCCAAACCCAAGAAGGGCAAGGACCCGCAGGCUCACCUGCUGAAGCAUAUUGUAAGGCAUGGACAUGAUGUGGACCUUGGCACCAUGGAAAAGAGAUUGUUCAAGAAGAAGCAGUACCAGUCCCCUCGAGGUCAGCCAAAGUUCAGAACAGAUCUGGAAAAAUUUUGGGUCAAGUGCUGGAAGUAUGCUGGCUACAAGGCAGGCAGCAGCGACGACCGCGCCGGUCACCGACACAACAAACACGAGCAUGUGCUGUCGGCACCAAAGUGCUCCGAUCUCGACGAAUUUGUGCCUAAACGUCGCCUACCCGCCAUCAAAUUGAAGCCGUGUCCAAUCUACAGCUGGGUUGACAGUCUUUCGACACUGGAGUAG